GCGGAUUGACUGACAUACACAAAAAACAAAUGGUGUUGAAGGAGAUGGCCCCUUCAUUUCCCUUGGUAAAUAAAUAGUACUACUCAAAGAUCCCACUAAGAAUACGCACAGAUAUACAUAGUUGGAGAAUCAAAUUCAAAAUUCAAACUUCAAAUAUCAAAUAUCAAAUAUCAAAAAACUCCCCAGAAUUCAGCUCCUCUUUAGAAGCUGAGAAUAUAAGAGCAACAACAAGAACAAGAGCAUCAACAAGAAGCAGAUUCUUUUUCUUCCCCUGGGGAAAAAAGCCAAACUUGGCUAUAACAAUGGAAGAAGGAGACGCAUCACGGUAUUGGUGUCAUAUGUGUUCGCAGACGGUGAAUCCAAUUAUCGAGAUCGAUACAAUAAAAUGCCCCAUAUGCCAAAGUGGCUUCGUGGAAGAAAUGGCAUCUGCAGCCACUCCAGGAAACGAUAGCUCUCUUGGAUUUGAACUUGGAGGUUCUGAUUCUGAUCGUGCCCUCUCCCUGUGGGCCCCAAUCUUGCUAGGUAUGAUGGGAAACCCGCGCCGUCGCCGGCGGAUUAGGCGCAUGGAGUUUGAGGAGGAAGAGAACGAGGAUGACAAUGAGAACAAUCACCGCCACCUUGAUGGGGAGACGGAGCUUGACCGUGAGCUGGAGUCAAUAAUGAGGAGGAGGAGGAGGAGCUCAGCUACAAUUCUCCAGCUCCUCCAGGGCAUCCGAGCUGGAAUACUAUCAGAGUCAGCAAACUCGGAGACUGAUCAACGGAUCAGGGAUAGAGAUAAUGAUAGGGACAGGGAGCGUGUGAUUUUGAUUAAUCCCUUUAAUCAGACAAUCAUUGUUCAGGGUUCCUAUGAUCCCACUAGUGAUUCCCAAAACCGUGCUCCAAUUGGCUCACUAGGUGAUUAUUUCAUUGGUCCUGGUUUAGACUUGUUGCUGCAGCAUUUGUCGGAGAAUGAUCCAAACAGGUAUGGAACACCACCAGCCCAGAAAGAGGCAGUCGAGGCAUUACCCACUGUGAAAGUUGAGGAGACACUGCAAUGUUCGGUUUGUUUGGAUGACUGUGAAAUUGGCACUGAAGUCAAGGAGAUGCCUUGUAAACAUAAGUUCCACAGCUCAUGCAUUUUGCCAUGGCUAGAACUUCAUAGCUCUUGUCCCAUAUGCAGGUAUCAGAUACCUUGUGAUGAGUUGAAGCUCGAUGCAGAGGGGACAAGAAACAAUAAUACUAACAGCAGUCAAGAAAUUAGUAUUGAUAACAACAAUGCUGGUAAUGGUGGGGAUGACAGAAACGAAAAUGGGAGACAGUUUUCGGUGUCCCUUCCAUGGCCUUUCAGCAGUUUGUUUUCAUCCUCCCCUUCCCGAGCUAGUCGUGGAAAUUCAUCCACAACAUCUAUAUCAGGGUCAUCAGCAAAUGCACCCCCGAGUACUUCACGUGAGGAUGAGAACUGAGUUUGCAAGUGUGAAUUCUGGUAUCCAUUUAUCGUGCUUUACUUAGCAUAAAUGCUCUUUAGUUUGCCUUUUGUAUAUAAUACUAUGCUUCCUACAAAAAUGUAAUCUUAGGGAACCAAAUUCUGUAUUGAUGUGUCUAUUUGUGUUUUACCUUGUUACUGAGAUGCUUGAGAUGUUUUUUUUCCAUGUAUAGAAAACUAUCCUUCAUUCCAAAACAUGUUUGAGAUGUUUUGAAGUGUAAUUCCUUUUUUAACAUUUCUCUAGAUAUAUUGAGCUUGGUCUACUUUGGUCU